UGUACAGUGUAAUCAUCUAAAAAAAUGUUCGUUGGAAGGACAAAAAUGUUGAUUUAUGACCCGCUGUGCCAAUCGCUUUGCAGGAAGUAAUGAACAACUCCGAACGUGAAAUAAAUAAUGUCAUAUAUUUCUCUUGCACAGUGACAAGUCCUUGGUUUGAAUCACUCCCUGGGUUCGUCGCAGUUAAUUGCGAAAUCACGCUUCCAGAACUAUUUCCAUCGGAACGGGAAGGAAAGGGAGAGGGAAGCGACCAGUAUAUAAACUGUCCAACUUGACCAGUCGACGACAAACACUGAAGCUCAGACAUGCUUCAGAAGGCGCUCGUGAUGGCGCUGUUGGUUGUGCAGACGGCACUUGGCGCAAAGGACGAAGGGGUCAUCAAGUCCUCUCAGUGGACCUUGGUGGCUGAGGACAAUCGUCCCGAGGUUGACAAACCUAUAGCAAAAUUGUCUGGUGUCAGCAGAGAAAUCACAGGAGGCGAUUUUGCCAGCCUGGGCCAGUUCCCGUGGCACGCUCUGAUCGAUGUGGACAAAACUUUGCUGUGCGGAGGCUCCCUUAUUUCGACGCAAUACGUCCUAACGACUGCCUUCUGCACAGGGGCCUCGUACGACAUCACCCUGGGCCUCAUCACCCUGAACCCGAACGACCCCGGUUCCGUUCGGAUCAACUCGAGAUUCGGUUGCCCACACCCGAAGUACAGUUACACGAUGAACAGAAUCUACGACAUCAACCUCAUCAAGCUUCCCACUCGUGUCACCUUUACCGCCAACAUCUCGCCGGUGCGUCUGGCGUCAGACGCCACAAAAAACUUGACGGGCCUCAAGCUGAACGUCAGCGGCUUCGGCCAGACCUGGGAAAGUGGUGGAUACAGCAACAAUCUCAAGUUCGCUAGCGUGACCGUAAUCUCGAAGCAGGCUUGUGCGGGUUGGUAUCCUGGCAACUUAACCAACGCCACUAUUUGCACGAAGCACCCAAACAGAACAUCUGCGUGCAAUGGAGACAGUGGGGGAGCACUGGUUUAUAAAGGUGUCCAGUACGGUGUGUAUUCGUUGAGCAAUCAGGAAGGAUGUGUCUACGGUCCUACCUACUACACUAGAGUCACCACCCUUCUGCCCUGGAUAAAGCAAACCAUGGCAACAGGUUGUGCGACGACCAAUACACCAAUGCCAUCUACUGGCUUCUACGUUUCAACAUCAACAGGCUCUCAGCCUCCAAUCACGACGACCACCAUCAGGGCGACGACGACAAUCAAGACCACAAUCAAACCCACUCCCAAGAAAACAACAACGCGAGCACCGACAACUAAACGACCCAAAACCACCAAGAAAAUCUAGAAGACCCCAAUUUUUAUUGCGACACUUCUUUAAUCUCAAAUAUUAUUCUCUUAAUAUACAAAUGUGCAGGAUGCAUAUGAAUAUGAAAUGUUGAAAGUGCGUUUAUGUAUUUUUUAUAAUUCGGAUCAUAUUCAAAAGUUACUCUUUCAUCUUGGGUCUUGUGCAGUUUUUGGUUAACGCUCUCAUCGUGUUCCUCACUCGCACAGCAGACUGUGAGAUUGAUGAGGUGAAAAGAAUUAUCUGAUUGCGCCAUGACGCUUGAUAUUUAAUACUUUGCAAAUAGAAUACUUUGAAAUGAUGCCAGUCAAGUAUUUCAAAGUUGCGGCUAUGAAUUAAAAUGAAUCUUUUGCCGAAUUGCAAAUUUUGCAUAGUUUUCAAAACUGUUCUGUAUUUCUGCGACAGAAAAGGGAUAAAAUUGCUUUGAUUUGAAUUUAUUUAUUCCCUGCAUGUCUUACCAGAAUGAACAUUAAGAAUCUGAAAUUGGAAUGGUACAAACUACAAUUUAAAUAAAAUCCUUAGUCACAAAAUUCAAUUUUAAAUUUACUUCCAAGAAACUUUCAUAAAAAGAAAAUAAUAAUAGCAAAUUGUGGUCUCACUAUUUAUCUGAAUUUUAAAAAUGAUUAAAUUUUGCAUUGAAUAAUAAAUAAUUCAAUAAAAGUACCAAUUAAAUUUCAGUUGUUUUCUAGAAAAUGUAAAAAAAAACUAAGAAAAUACAUUUCUCGGUCAAAGAUAUUAAAUUAAUAAAAAGUGAAAAUUUCCAUAUCUAAGGUUUUUGGACCGCAGUCACGCUUUAGGGUUUUGCUUUGGACGGUGGUCGCGGUUGAUAAGUGGCAAGGUAAGAACGCCUGCCGUACAGGUGACGCAACCCGCCCAGCUCGCGAGUUGCCGAUUAGCAUUUUUAUUGUCAAUUUUGGAGCGAUCGAGUUUAAAAAGAAAUCUGAGGAGAUGAACGGGAGCGUGCAAUUUUUAAUUCAAGGUCGCAUUCAUUUUUAAUGACUUUUUAAAAAUACAAUUACGUUUGAUUUUAUGGUAAAAUUAUUCAAACAUUACACACAACUCGGACAAUAGGUUUGUUUCAACUCUAUAUUUUAAAUGUGUUCUUUUGUCUCCAGAGCUUCAGAAAGAAAAACUUGAAUUUGUAUAGUUGGCCGUAAAUUAGCUCGGGUGCUCCACAAGUCCUUAAUUUUUUUUAGCAGUUUUGAUACGCAAUGCCUAGGAAUCACUCUGAAUUGUUUUUUGCCAGCAUUUAAGAGAACUUGGCUUUAAUUGUCAACAGGAGAGGCGCAAUUUGCGGAGAAAAAUACUCUCAUUAUACCUCUUCAGAUUUUAUUCAAUUAAAUAUGUCUUUGUUGAAAAAAUAUGUUUCCAAAGUAUUAUAUCUGCAAAUGAAAGCAAAGAAAAUAAAUAAAAGGAAAACUCAUUUCCUAUGUAUUAACUUUAUGUUAUUACGUGUUGAAAAUCAAGGGAACUUGAC